AUGAGUGACACUGAUGCGCCAUCCACAUCUAAUGCUGGUUCUCCUCAUACACCAGUUAAAAAGAAUCCAUGCGGGAAAUUCAUUGGAAGUGGACAAAAACAAAUGAUAGUGAACUUAUACAAACGCAAAAUUGCCGAGCAACCAUCUAUUACGGUUAAUGAAGUGGUGAAAUUGCUAUCCAGGGAUACGGGUAUUGGCCAGAAUACGAUACAAAGGACAAUUGCCGGCUACAAGAAUGCAAAACCAUUACAAUCGCCGAACAAAAAGAAGAUCAGGCUGACAUUCAAAGAAAAAGUCGACGAUUUCGAACGGAAUGCUAUUGUUCUAUAUUACCUUUUUUUUCUACCCAAAUCCGUAUUGUAUUCGAAUGCGACGUUGCCAUGUAACGAAUGCGAUUCCGCACGUUUAUUCUUGUAA